AUGACAGAGAUUGGAGAGGAGAUAACUUUGUUGCCGUAUGAUUAUGAUAUUGCUGACGACGGUGGUGGCGAAAAAGCUAAAGAAUCUGAAACAAAAGCGGAUGACGCUAUUGGUACCGUUGAAAAAUCUACAGAGAAUACGGACCAAGUAAAAAGUGAUGCAGAGGGAGAUUUGUUACCGGAUGAUCAAACCCAGGAUAGCAAUAAUUUUCCGGCUCUUCCAGCUGAUGAAUCAGGAGGAGUUAGAGGAGACUUUGAUAACGGCUAUGGAGAGCAAGCAGAACUGUAUGAACAUGAUGUACCACCACCACCACCAGCAGUUCAGCAAUCAGAGCCUAUAGAGCCGGAAGAGCCACGACAACCCGAAAAAUCUAAGACACCUCCCGUACUUCCACAUCCGCAAUCGAAUUUUCUAAAAGCAAAUAUAAAUCAGCCAUAUCCAGUUCAUCCCUAUCAACCGCAACCGCAUUCAGAAUUACCAGAACCUUAUCAAUCACAGCCCCCAGUAGGAUCUGAAGCAUGUCAGAUCAUUGCUACCGGUAUGAACACAGAAAUGCAGCAAUUUGCAUCACUGCUCGCUAGUCAAGCUCUUGCACAAUUCCCAAAUCACGUGAUGGCUAUUGCGCGUCAUAUCAUGAUGAAUUUCGAGCAGCGAUAUGGACCACCGUGGUGCUGCGUUGUCAGUAAUGGACAAUUGGGAUUCUACCUGCGUUACGAUAGAGAGUGUCAUAUUUACUUCGCAUUAUCCAAACAUACCAUUUUUCUCUAUAAAAGCUCUAAUUCGUAA